UAGUCAAUAACUGCACGGCAUCAAUGCGUUGUUUAGCAUUCUUGUUUGCAUUUAAUUGUUUAAUAUGUUUUUUUUGCUCUAAGUUAGUGCUUAUUGAAGGACAUGAUAAUAUUUUGACUUUAAUGAACGAUCUUUUUGUGCAAAUUAACACCCGUUUUAAUUGUGACACAAUGAAUAGGAUUGAAAAGUGUUGUAGUGUGGAUGGGAUUGCUAGAUCGGCAAAGCGAAGACACGCAAUGAUGUGCCUUCAGUUCAGAACAAGCUCUUUUUCAGUUCAGACCAAGCUCUUGUUUUGUUGUGACGACGGUUUGUGUUGUCGGUGUCAUUUAGCGGAUACAGAUCGAAUCAGUCAGUCAAUUAUCCAAACAAUUUCCCAACGUAAAAUUAUACACAAAAGUGUUUACAAUACAGAACAAAGUGAUGGUGAAUAGUUUGCAAAAACCUACAAAAACACCUAACGACGAUUUGUGUUCGAUUGGAGAACCCAACCCAAUAGUCGAUUUGAAUGUAGUUCAAUUGAACGGAUUAAACCCACUUGUGGUCUAGCUUGUGAUGCUAUCACCAUGACGCAUUCAGUUCAAUCACAAGUAACCACUCUAUUCAUAGCCCGGUUAAACUUCCCUUCUGACCGACAUUUUUUUUACAAUGCUGUCAUGUCGCUUAUCACCAAUGCAACAGAAAUGUAUACAUACAUACUACGUAGUUCAAUUGAAGAUCGCAAAUGUGAAGAGUGAACCGAUAAAGCAAAACCACAACGGAAUGCUGCGUGCGGUAUGAAUCUAACGAAAUUUUUGAAAUUCUUUCUACGCAUUCCAUUGUAGGAUGACAUCGAUCUAAAAUCGAUUACUUCUUCAUUGAUUAGUGAAAUGAGAGAAUUCGAUUAUAUUGUUAUUAUAUAUAAAAUUAUCUCAAAUUCUAAACAAAAAUUAUCACUUAAUUGAUUCAACCGAAAAACUCUUCGGCUUAAAUCCUUAACAACGAAUUCGUUUUCGGUGAACGGCUUUAUUUUUUGAUCGUGUGUACGGAAUUUCGCAACAAAUUGACAAAAUGGCGCAACAAACGCAACAAGUUCAAAUGCAACAAAUGGUGAGCUAUGAUUUGAAGGGCUUACAAAGACUGCGACAAGAGAUGGAUCAAGAGCAUAACAAUUUACAACAAAUGACCUCAGAAGAAGAACGCGCUGACCGCCGAAAAAUGCGUGAAAUUUUCGAAUCGCUGGACACUAACAACGAUGGUCGCUUGAACAUACGCGAAUUGAAGCAACACAUCAAAAAUUUGCAAUGUCGACUACCCGAAUAUCUGGCCGAACAUAUUUUUCGGAUGUCGGACGAAGAUUCCGACGGUGCUCUCAAUUUUGAAGAGUUCUAUCAACUCAGUUUGAGACAGAAAUGGCUCUUCUCGCAUUUGGUGUUCAGAUAUUGCAAAAUGAUCGUACCGUCACCAAAUCGUCCCGAAGCGGAUGAAACUGAUGGUGCCUACGAACGAAGCAUGACUGUUUGUCCGCCGCCGUUAACGAUGAUUACAUUUUCGAUUGUUGAAAUAAUAAUGUUUUUGGUCGAUAUAAUUUACUUUAGUGAGGAUAAAUACAACCGUAAACCAGUCGGUGAGAAUACAAAUGGGCCGGCUGCUUUGUUUAUCUACAAUCCAUAUCGUCGUGUUGAGGCAUGGCGGUUCAUUACAUAUAUGUUUGUUCACGCUGACGUCAUGCAUAUUAUGAUGAAUUUGAUCAUUCAAUUAUUUUUGGGCGUUGCACUCGAGUUGGUCCAUCAUUGGUGGCGUGUGGCACUUGUUUACCUGGCCGGUGUCUUGGCUGGUUCGAUGGGAACGUCGAUUGUGAGCCCAAAUAUCUACUUGGCUGGUGCUAGUGGUGGCGUGUACGCGUUAAUCACGGCACACAUCGCUACAAUUAUUAUGAAUUGGAAAGAAAUGGAAUACGCUAUCGUUCAAUUAUUCUUGUUCCUGACCUUUUGCAUCACUGAUUUUGGUUUCACUGCCUGGCGUUACUUCAACAAUAUCUAUGACCAAGUUGGUUAUGUCUCACAUUUAUGUGGUGCGAUUGCUGGGCUGCUUGUCGGUAUUGGUGUGCUUCAAAACCUCGAAGUUCGGCGAUGGGAGCGCUGGUUGUGGUGGUGCGCUGUAACCUUAUACUUCCUCUUGAUGAUAACCGGCAUUUCCAUUCACAUCUUCUACGACCAACAUUUCCUGCAGACGUGAGCAAAGGUGGAGGAUUUGGUUUUCAACUUCUGCUUGAAAAAAAAUGAAUGACUUUGUAUCAAUCCGAUAAGCCAUUAGUAUUUUAAGAAUGUAUCUUUCAUAUUUAGUCUUUUUUUUAGAAAACUUUUUGGUGUCUAUUUUUACACAAUCAAAUGCCAAAAGCAUUUUUAGGAGAGAUUUUUCAAAUGUUGCAUUUGAGGGAUUCUAUUGAGGUUACGGGAUGAUUUCUCUUCCUUGUUCUUAGGGUUGAAGUCGUAUUACAAUAUAUCGAUCGAUUAAUUGUAUAAAUACUCAAGCAACGAGUAUAGUAUAUGUUAGAGAACAACGAUCUAGUUUCUAUUGAGUAAGAAAAUUUCAUGUCAUAGUUGUUUCAUGUCGUGAUUUAUUUAUAUUAAUGUUAAAUUUUGCAUUUCAAUCCACACGGAAAAACAGUACUAUAUCACAACGAAAAGAGUUUGUCGCGUGCACAAUUUUAUAAACACCAGAGCCAGGUUAUAUUCACAUGGCUACGCUAUUAUUUCUGUAUCGAUCACGAAGCGUUUAUGCACAAGAAUGAAUGGAAACAAUAAAAAAUGACUUUACAAAUUCUUACA